AUCUAUUCUCUUUUUUUCAAAAAAAAUCAUCUUGGAGAUUGUGUAAUGCUUACUCUCAAACUCUUCGUUUACACAGUAGUGAUAUUUUUUGUUUCUCUCUUCAUCUUUGGAUUCCUAUCUAAUGAUCCCGGACGUAAUCCUGGACGUGAAGAAUAA